AUGUCUUCAAUAAUUAUUCUAUUAUUAUAUUUAAUAAUAUUUGAAUCAAUAUUUGCUGUUCGUUUAUUGAACACAACAUCGGGUAUUUAUAUUGGUCAGACCGUUAAUUAUCGUGAUAUAACUAUUCAACAAUAUCUUGGAAUUGAAUAUGGUCGAAUAAGAAAACGUUUUGAUCGUGCCGAAAAAAUUAUUCGAGAAAAUAAUACAAUUAUUAAUGCGACAUCAUUUGGACCUGUAUGUAAACCAACAAUAAGUUUAUGUACAACAAAUGGUGAUAAAUAUUCGUUAACAACAUCUUGUUCAGUGAAUUAUGGAAUUUUUUCUAUAAUAUCAUCACCAAGUGAACAAUGCUUGUUUUUAAAUGUUUAUAUACCAAUGAUUAAUAAUAAUAAUAGUAAUGAUGAUAAUAAUAAUAAUAAUAAUAAUAAUGAAAGAAAAAAACCUAUAUUUAUGUGGAUUCAUGGUGGUUCAGGUCAAGUUGGAACAGGAAAUGUAUUUGAUGGAACUAUUCUUGCUGCUUUAGGAGAUAUUAUUGUUGUUACAUUUAAUUUUCGUCUUAAUCUAUUUGGAUUUCUUUCAUCAGGUGAUGAACGUUUAGAAGGUAAUUUUGGUUUAUAUGAUCAAUCAAUGGUACUCGAUUGGAUAUAUGAAAAUAGUGAAGCAUUAGGUGGUGAUAUUGAACGUAUUACAGUUGGUGGUCAUUCAGCUGGUGCACCACAUGCUUAUUAUUUAGCAAUGUCACCAUUUAAUCAAGGUCGAAUACGUCGUUUAAUAUUACAAAGUGGUUGUCCAUUUCAUAAUUGGUCACAUAUAAAAGCUAAUCAAGCUAUAGAAAGAUUUAAUACUGUUGUACAUGAUAAUCAAUGUGGAAUGAUGACAACAUUUGAUGAAAAAUUAAAAUGUUUACGUGAAAAAGAUUAUGAUUUAAUUGCUGAACAUGAACAUCAUACAUAUACAAGUUCUAAUCAUACAAAUGUUGUUAUUCAUGGUGAUUAUAUGAAUAGAUUUCAAGAAAAUUUAAAUUCAAAUGAUACACAAACAGAUAUUGAUAUGUUGAUUGGAUCUACUGAAGAUGAAGGUGUCUAUGUUGCUGUAAUACCUAUUAAUAUUGAACAAUCUAAUCAAGAAGCUACAACUGAUGACAAUGUGAAUUUUACUAAUAUUUCACUAAAAUUUCUUGAUGCAAUGCUACCAGAUAAAACAUGUUUACAUGAAAAAGCAUUAGAAUUAUAUUAUAUCAAUAAAAUUUCAAAUGAUUGUUCACAAUCACUUGAUUGUUAUUGUUCUUUAUUUUAUAACUAUUCUCGUCUUGUAAGUGAUGUUUUAUUUUACAAUGAUUAUUAUCGUUUUCUUAUUCAACAUAUUAAAUAUUCAAACAAAACAUUUGUUUAUAAAUAUUCUUAUCGAACAUCUCAAGAACAUCCAACACCAUGUAAUGAUUAUUUAUAUAGAAAUAAUUUAGUUGGUCAUUUUGCUGAACUUGAAUAUACAUGGGGUACACCAUUAUUAUUUGGAAAAACAAAUUAUUCAAAUAAUCUAAUGCCAUUAAUUAAUUAUAUUCCAUAUGAAAUAAAUUCUAUGGAAAAUUAUACAAAUGAACAAAUAGAAUUUAGUGAAUUAAUUAUUGAACAAUGGUCAAAUUUUAUUAAAUAUGGUCAACCAAAUAGUACAAAAUUUGAAAAUCAAUGGCUACCCAUUCUUAAUAUAUCGAAUGGAAUGAUUAUGCAUUUAAAAUUGAAUGAAAGUGAAUUGAAACAAUUUGAAAUUCCAAAAAAUGUACAGUUCUGGAUGAAUACAUGUCCAAAAAUAGACAAUUCUAUGCUUGUUAAUUUAAACGAUCAAGCAUCAAUAGAUGAAAUGUCAUUUGCAAUAUUUGUUUGUACUAUUAGUUUUUUUCUUGUGUUGAUUUGA